AUGGGUAUAAAAGAAGAAAAUAAUAAUAAAAAUAGAUUAUUUGUGGAAAUAGCAACUGAAAAUCAUCUCAGAGAAUCGAUAACUCAAGAUGAUUUCACUUUUACCAGUUGUGAUAAAGAUUUGAAAUCACCACCACAAUUUUCCGAAAAUAUUGUAAUAAAUACACCAACACCACCUGGUGCUGCAGAACAUCCAAUAUAUUUAAGUGAUAGUAGCAGUGACAGUAGUAAUAGUUUAUUUUCCUCUGGUUCCUCAUUAGAAGACGAACUCGAAGAAAUUGAUCUCACACAUAAUAAAUCACUUCCAAGUCGAUUCAUUGGAAUAAAAUCAAAUUCAUACCACCAAACACCUGUAACAUUAGCAAACCUAUCGAACUCCACCAACUCGGAACAACUGCCGCCAGCACAAAUUAAAUCAUCAAAAUCAAUACUGGAAGAACAAUUGAAAAAAUCAAUAGAAGUAAUUGUUGACCACCUGGAAAAUGAUGGUAGCGUAGGAGAAUCGUCGAUGGAAGAGACAUCCAAUGUUGACUCGUCACCUUCGCCCUCUAGGAAAUCUACAUCGUUUAUGGAAUCAACCGAACUCUCACAAAAAAGUAUUUUAAUUAUUUUCUCUGGUCUGAUGAUGUCGCUGUUUCUCUCGUCGCUCGAUAUGACCAUUGUCGCCACUGCACUGCCUGCCAUUGCCGAGGACUUGGGUAGUAUGGAUCAAAUGUCUUGGGUGAUUACCAUCUACUUGCUGACGUCGACAGCCAUCAGUCCACUGUUUGGUAAAUUCAGUGACAUCUUUGGAAAAAAACUUACACUGCUCUUCUCGCUGGUAACAUUUCUCAUUGGCUCUCUACUGUGUGCCGUAUCCACUUCUAUGACAAUGUUGAUUAUUGUGCGUGCUAUCCAAGGAAUUGGUGGUGGUGGAUUGAUGGCUGCCGUCAUGAUUGUCAUGGCUGAGAUCGUUCCCCUUAGACAACGUGGUAAAUAUCAAGGUUUGAUUGGUGGUGUCUAUGCAUUGUCUAGCGUCAUCGGUCCAUUGGUUGGAGGUUCAUUCACCGACAAUGUAAAUUGGCGUUGGGCAUUCUGGAUCAAUAUCCCCAUUGGUGUUAUUGCAUUGGUUGUUGUUUUCUUUGCACUCAAGCUGCAACAAGAAGUCAUUCCAUUUAGAAAGGGAAUCAAGCGUGUCGAUUUCAUUGGAACUCUUACCUCUGUAACAUGUAUCAUUGGCUUCCUGUUGGCUCUGAGUUGGGGUGGACAAGUCUACAGUUGGACAUCGCCCAUUAUGAUCGGUCUUUUCGUGGGAACCGCUGUUUUCCUUGGUGUAUUCAUCCUGAACGAAGCUAAAUUCACAAACGAUCCAAUCAUUCCUCUUGAGCUAUUUACCAACAGAAACUACGUUCUCUCGAUCCUAACAUCAUUCUUUUUGGGAUUCAUCAUGUUUGGUGUGAUCUACUACAUUCCACUAUAUUUCCAAAUCGUGAUUGGCAAGAGUGCAACUGUUUCCGGUUUGCAACUACUCCCAACUAUGCUCGGUAUCGUAGCAAUGGGUGCAGUCUCUGGCUAUCUCAUCACCUCGUUCGGUCAUUACAAGACCUACCCAGUGAUUGGAACACUCUUCUUUACCGUGGGAACAUUCCUACUUUCCUACUGGACACCGGAGUCCACUCAAGCCGAAUACAUUGGCUACCAAAUCUUCAUUGGAUUCGGUAUUGGUCUAACAAUGCAAGUGUUGACUAUGAUAGUCCAAAACUCUGUGGAAUACAAGUACAUUGCAAUCGCUACUGCAACCAUCAGUUUCUUCAGAACCAUCGGUGGAGUUGUCAGUGUCUCGUUGUUCAGCACCAUCUUGAACUCACAGUUCCGUUCGAACAUCAAUCAUCUCAAUCUUCCAUUCAGUAUCGACACCAACUCUUUCGAUGUGCAAUUCGUUCAUUCCAUUGAAGAUCCCGUAGUGAAAGCAGAGAUUCUCAAUGCCUACUCGAAAUCACUGUCCAUGGUAUUCUUGGUGGCAACACCAUUCGCAGCGAUGGGAUGUCUCCUAACGUUCUUCAUCAAGGCACACAAACUCAGAACAACAUUGCAUCGUCCAGACGAUUCCAACAACACCUCAACAGACUCUGACUCGACAAUCAACUCUACCAAUUCAAUUACACAACAAAACCAAACUGAAGGUGAACCAGAUUUGAAAAUAGAAAUAAUCAACAAAACUGUAGAACAACCAACAAUAACCAAUCAAGAUAUAUCAAUAGAUAUUCCAAUACCAACUGUUUCAACAACAAAUAAAAUAACCGAUCCACAAGAAAUAAUACAACCAAAGGAAGAUACAAUUUCCUAA